AUGUUCGACGACGACGAGGACAUUGACGAGACCGCAGCACUCGUACCCCCAGAUCCUACCUGGCAAGCCAUCUUCCACGCAUCCAACCAAGUCGUACUCUACAAUCCCACUAGUCAUGCUCUGGCUAUCCGACAGUCCUCGCAAGCUCGUCCGAGAUCUGGCUGUCCGUAUUGCAAGAGACCGCUGCCACCAGAGUCCCAGGAUGAACCGGACCCCGAGUUUCAUUCUCGUGCAUCGAAUUAUUUUCACUUGCUGUCCAUCGUGAAUGAUACAUGGUCGAGGCCAUCAACGCCGCCACCUAUGGAGGCUGACGACGGUGCCAGCGGUUUCUCUGCAGAGGCCCUUGCAAAUGGAUAUUUCAAGGCCUUCUUUACCGAAGAGAGCAAGCUAGGGAUGGGCGCAAAUGGAAGCGUAUACCUUUGUCAGCAUGUCCUGGACGGAAAUCCACUAGGUCAUUUUGCCGUCAAAAAAGUUGCAGUCGGGCAAUCUCACUCGUACCUGUUAAACAUCCUUCGUGAAGUUCGCCUACUUGAGCGGCUUCAUCAUCCCAAUAUCAUAACGUACCACCACUCCUGGCUCGAAAGCGCUCAAUUCUCUUCGUUCGGUCCCCGGGUUCCCACAUUACACAUUCUCAUGCAAUGGGCUGAAGGUGGAAGGUGGGCAUACCUCGACGACUUUAUCGAUGAGCGUCUUGGACGCGAGACUCGACACAUCCAUAUCAACCCCAAUGGCGCCUUGAAUGGUAAUGGCGCAACGUCAAACAUUAACUCGCGUUCAGCAAGGAUUCGUGCAUACAGGGCAUUCCAGCACGCCUCACCAGAGGAAAAGGAGCAGCUCAGACAACAUAUGAAUGGACAAGCGCGUCAGGGGACGCAAACGUGGACUGCAGUGCAUCUCCUCAGUCCAGAGGAAGUAAAAAGCAUCUUUACAGACGUCGUAGAGGGAUUGUCUUUUCUGCAUGACAAGUCUAUAUUGCACCUGGACCUCAAGCCUGGCAACGUGCUACUGACAUGGGAUGAAGGAAAGCUAAUACCGCGAGCCAUGUUAUCUGACUUUGGUACGUCCCGCGACAUGGUGAACACGUCCCAAUUACAAUACCCAGCUCACCGACGACGCACCGUCAGAGGAUGCGGGCAGAUGCUCGAUGUAAAUUCCCCAAACAAGAUGUGUGAGUCACGUGGGGGCAAGGUGUGUCUUCCCACCAGUGACGAGCGUAAUGUCGUCUAA